UGCACAUAAACAGAUAUCAUAUGAUCUGCGCUUCAUUCUGUAACAUGGCGGCCGGCUCGCAGCAGCUGGCUGUUGGCUUUCUGUUCCUCUUCAGUGGCGGUUUAACUUUUCCUCUCGGCCAGGACAGCAAGCAGACAAGCACCUGCGGAUACGAGUCAUGUCACGCCACCAAACCCAACAUGCUGAACGUCCACCUGGUCCCUCACACGCAUGACGAUGUCGGCUGGCUCAAGACGGUUGACCAGUACUUCUAUGGAGCUCGUAACGACAUCCAGCAUGCGGGGGUGCAGUACAUCCUGGACUCGGUGGUGGAUCAGCUGCUUAAGAAUCCGGACCGCAGGUUUAUCUACGUGGAGACGGCGUUUUUCUACCGCUGGUGGAAACAGCAGAGCUCAAGCAUGCAGCAGACAGUCAAACAGCUGGUUAAUGAGGGCCGUCUGGAGUUUGUGAAUGGCGGCUGGUGUAUGAGUGACGAGGCCACCACCCACUACAGCGCUGUUAUCGACCAGAUGACGAUGGGCCUGAGGUUCCUCAACGAGACUUUUGGGGCUUGCGGUCGCCCCCGUGUCGCCUGGCACAUCGACCCCUUCGGCCACGCCCGCGAACACGCCUCCAUGUUUGCGCAGAUGGGGUACGAUGGCUUCUUCUUUGGUCGUCUGGACUAUCAGGACCGAGCUCGCAGGAUGGUUGAGCAGGAGCAGGAGCUUCUGUGGAGGGCCUCUGACAGCCUCACACCUCCCAUGGCUGACCUCUUCACCGGGAUCCUUCCCAACGGGUACAACCCUCCUGAAGGCUUCUGCUGGGACCAGCUCUGUGACGACCCACCAAUCAGAGAUGACCCUGACCUGGAGGACUAUAAUGUUGUUGAUGUGGUGCAGCGUUUCCUUACCAUUGCCAACGGUCAGUCUACCGUGUAUAAGACCAAUCACAUCAUCAUGACCAUGGGCUCAGACUUCCAGUAUGAGAAUGCCAACCUGUGGUACAAGAACCUGGACAAGCUGAUCCACUACGUCAACGCCCAGCAGACUAAUGGCAGCAAAGUCAACGUGCUCUAUUCUACGCCCUCGUGUUACCUCCAGGAGCUGCACAGAACAAACCUCACCUGGCCUUUGAAGACGGAUGAUUUCUUCCCCUACGCAGAUGACGCUCAUGAUUUCUGGACAGGCUACUUUACCAGCAGACCAGCGCUGAAACGUUACGAGCGGAUCAGCAACAGCUACCUGCAGACAUGUAACCAGCUGGAGGUGCUUGGUGGUCCUGUUUCCAGGAAGGGGCCGUUUGGAGAGGGCGACAGCCAAACCAUGAAGAAAGCCAUGGCGGUGGCUCAGCAUCACGACGCGGUCUCGGGCACGGAGAAGCAACACGUAGCUAACGACUACGCCAAGAGGCUGGCUAACGGCUGGCAACACUGUCAGGUUCUGGUCAGCAACAGUCUGGCUGCUCUGAGUGGCUCAUCUGCUGAGCGAAUCUACUGCGACAACCUCAACAUUAGUGUGUGUCCUCUCACCGAGUCCAGCAAAAAGUUCUCUGUCAAUGUGUACAACCCCCUCGCUCGCCCCGUCACUUGGCCGGUCAGGCUGCCGGUGAACGGAACAGCGUACGCCGUGUCAGAUGCUAGCGGCAAAUCUGUGGACUGCCAGGUGGUUCCAGUGUCCACAGCCACCUGGGCGCUGAGGAGGAACCGAGGCUCAGCUGUCCGCGAGCUGGUGUUCCAGGUGCAGGCUCCUCCUCUGGGCUUCACCCACUACACCGUGUCCCUGCUUCAGGACGAGCAUCCACCUCCCCGCGUGGAGCACCGCCCACCCACAGCCAUCCAGAACAAGUUCCUACGAGUGACCUUCGACCCCGACACCGGCCUCUUGAGCAGCCUCAGCAACCUGGAGACCAAACAGACCAUCAAACUGACGCAGAACUUCUUCUGGUACAACGCCAGUGACGGCAACAACUCGAGGAGCAACCAGCCUUCAGGUGCUUACAUCUUCAGACCCAACUCGUCCACACCUUUCACCAUCAGCAAGACGGCCAAGACGGAGACCAUUCAGACGUCUGUCGUGCAGGAGGUGCGGCAGUGGUUUGCUCCCUGGGUGUCUCAGGUGGUUCGUCUGUACGCCGACAGCAGAGCUCUGGAGCUGGAGUGGACAGUCGGGCCGCUGCCCAUCGACGAUGACCUGGGGAAGGAGGUGAUCACCCGUCUGGACACCAGCAUCAAAACCUCUCAGUACUUCUACACCGAUUCCAACGGCAGAGAGGUGCUGCAGAGAAGGACAGAUUACCGGCCCACUUGGCAUCUUAAGCAGUCAGAGCCCGUCGCCGGAAACUACUACCCCAUCAACUCCCGCGCUUUCAUCAAGGAUGAUGAGGACCAGCUCACUGUGGUGACAGACCGCUCUCAGGGAGGAGGCAGCAUCUACAACGGCUCUCUGGAGAUCAUGCUCCACCGCCGCCUGCUGUACGAUGACGUCCGUGGCGUCGGCGAGCCUCUCAACGAGUCCUCUGACAUCUACCCGGACGGACUGGUGGUCCGAGGGCGCCUCCUCCUCUCCCUGGACCGCCCGCCCAGCGCGGCCGACGCGCACCGCCCCCUGGCUCAGGAAGUGGUGCUGCAGCCGCUGCUGACGUUCACCGACGGCGACCUGCACGCCGGCACUCGGCUGGAGUUCUCUGCGCUGCAGGCUGCGCUGCCCCCUGCUGUCCACCUGCUCACACUGACGCAAUGGGACGAAGACUUGGUGCUGCUGAGACUGGAGCACCAGUUCCAGAGCUGGGAGAGCAAACUGAACUCACAGCCCGUCACUGUCAACCUGCAGAAGCUGUUUUCCGCUCUGGAGGUUUUGGGCAUGUCUGAACUGAACCUGUCAGCCAAUCAGUGGAAAGACGAGAUGACACGUUUUCAGUGGAGACCACAGACAGGUGAGAAGCCCCCGCUGAAGACGUUCGAGGACCCCUCCGCGUGGGAGGUGACCCUGAGGCCGAUGGAGAUCCGAACCUUCCUGCUCAGAGUCAGGCUCAGAUAGCCAAUCACACGCCUUGGUUUUUCUUUUCUUUUUUUUUUUCUUACAUGAAAUUGCAGGUGAAUGAGCAACCGGUUACAAUCAGACUACAUUACUGUGGCCUCAAACUUGUCUUUGAUUCGAUCAAGCGCGGUCAGUUUUUCGCGUCACUCGAGAAGGGAUUCAAAGGGCUUCUGUUUAGGGCUCACGACUCGGUUUAUAGAGUGAACAGAGACGCCACUGCCCACCAAACAAAAUCAGAUCAUGACAGUCAUGAAUGUCUAAACGGGGAAAAAAAUGGACACUUUUACUCUUUCAUGAUGCACACAAUUUGCUGAAGCUGCCUUUUGCACCGCAGACACAUCAGUCCCUCCAAAACUAACCCUGGAACAUUUUUCAGCCCUUAACUGACUUUUUAAACAGAUUUUUUUUAAGCACAAAUAACACAUAAAUCCAAACUGUUCCUUUAAACAGUUCACCAAAAAGUGCAAAUUCAGUUAUCACCCCCAUGCCGGUGGAACAAAACAUUACUGGAGCUUCACACCCAAACAGCAUCAUCCUCCAGCAGCACAAAGUUUUGCGGACUUCACUUCGUCUUUCCAUCGGCACAGGGGUGAGCAGAUAAAGUCUGGACAUUUUCAAAGACAUUUUCCUUCCUACAGAAAAAACUCAACUUGUACUGACAGGCUGAUGUGUGCAAUAACGUUUAUAUUUUUUGCUUAUGUCUAUGGUGAUUAUGAAUGAAGUGAUUUUUUACCGAUCAUCAAGUAGCUGACAAUUAAAAUCUGUCUUUCUUA